AUGUAUGAGAAGUUAACCAUGCUGAACCUGCAGAGCGGCUCAAACUGGAGCGGGCCUAACAACUGGUACCAUGACCCCACCAGCGUGCAGACACAACACAGCACAGUGUCUGAGGGCUGUCUACUGGACACGGACGGCAGCAUGGGGGGAGAGGCGGGGGGCGGAGGAGCGGGCAGAGGAGGAGGAGUCCCCGUUGAGAGGGAUGAGGGUGAGGAGUCUCAGCUGAGGUUGCAGCUCAAGAGGAAGCUGCAGAGGAACAGGACCAGCUUCACACAGGAACAGAUCGAGGCUCUGGAGAAAGAGUUUGAAAGGACACAUUACCCAGAUGUCUUUGCGAGGGAGAGAUUGGCAAACAAGAUUGAUUUACCGGAGGCCAGGAUACAGGUGUGGUUCUCAAACAGAAGAGCCAAGUGGAGGAGGGAGGAGAAGCUGCGUAACCAAAGGAGGUCAGGAGGUGUGACUUCCUGUUCACAGAGCCAAGCCCCGCUGACCACCUCCUUCAACACAUCUGUCUAUCAUCAGCAGCACGGCAGCAGUUCAGGGUCCAUGUUGAGUCAGGCUGAGUCGUCCCUGCCCAGCUACAGCUCCUUGUCAGUUUUCUCAUCUGGAGUCCAGUCUAUUCCUCCACAGUCAGCCUCAUCCUACUCCUGCAUGUUACCUCCAUCUCCCUCUGCCCCACGCAGCUUUGACUCAUCAGCGUACUCCUCCCCUCAUCUGCAGACUCCGUCCUCGGCCAACUCUAACACCGCAACUGGAAUGGAGUUGGGUCUUCUGCUGUGGAUGAUCUUGACUUUAACAGAAAUCACAUCAGCAGUGCCUGACCAGUACAGUACAGCUCUGGAUUGGUUGAGCAGAUAUGGGUACCUUCCUCAUCCUGAUCCACGUACCAGUAGGCUUCAAACCAAAGAUGGGAUUGAGAAAGCCAUUCGUGUCAUGCAGAGAUUUGGUGGUCUCCAAGAAACGGGACUUCUUGACACUGACACUUUGGAACUCAUGACUAAGCCACGAUGCUCUCUCCCUGAUAUUAUUGGGGGUGAGGACAUGCUGAAAAGGAGGAGGAGGAAACGAUAUGCCCUUACAGGCCUCAAGUGGCACAAGACAGAUCUCACAUGGAGCGUCCUUGGGUCACCUACCAAAUCACCCAUGAAUAAAGACUUGGUGAACAGCAUCCUGUUUUACGCCUUCAAAGCCUGGAGUGACGCGGCCCCCCUGAAUUUCCGUCAGCUGAGUGACAAUGGAGAUAUCAGAGUGUCUUUUUCCAGCUUGAUGCAUGACGAUGGGUACCCUUUUGACGGAGAGGGUGGCACCCUGGCCCACGCCUUCUUCCCCAGCGGGGGUGAACUGGCGGGUGACACACACUUUGAUGAUGAUGAGAAAUGGAGCUAUGGAGAUUCCAACGGAGGCACCGACUUAUUCGCAGUUGCAGUGCACGAGUUUGGUCACGCGCUGGGCCUGGGCCAUUCCUCCGCUGACCAAUCCAUCAUGAGGCCAUACUACCAGGGUGCUGAAAACAUGAACCAAUUCAAGUUGUAUCUGGAUGACAGACUGGCCAUUCAGCAGCUUUACGGUGUGAAGGAUGGCCGGUCACCAGGUGGUGAUGAUCCUGACAUCCCCCGUCUGCCCAGUCCACCUCCACCAAAACCAACAAAGUUGUCUGACCCCACAUUCCCCGAGCGCUGUCAGGGAGGUUUUGAUGCAGUGGCCAAUAUCAGGGGAGAGGUCUUCUUUUUUAAAGGUGCACAGUUCUGGAGGACAAAGCAAGAUGGGUCUUUGCUCUCCAACAAGCCAGCUCAGAUCAAAAACUUCUGGUUAGGCCUCCCACCGGGAACAAACAAGGUUGAUGCUGUGUAUGAGAGGAAGAGUGACAGCCGUAUCAUCUUCUUCAUCGGAUCUCAGUACUGGGUCUUCCGUGACACAAUGGCCAUGGACGGUUACCCGCGCCCCCUCUCUGAUUGGGGAAUGAUUAGAAAGAGUGGGGUUCCAGUGGAAAGGGUGGACGCAGCCUUCAUCUGGGCACAUAACGGCAAGACCUACCUGUUCAGCGGCGAUGAAUUUUGGAGGUUCGACGAGAGCCGUAAAGAUGGACAGGUGACCCGGCAGCUGGAGCCAGACUACCCACGCAACAUCAGCCUCUGGGUAGGAGUGCCCACCCAGGUCGAUGACAUCAUCAGCUGGAAAGGAGAUGCCUACUUCUUCAAGGACAACGUGUUCUGGUUGCAGAAGAACGGAAGACUGAAUGAAGGUCCUCUCACUCCUAAAUCCACCGGUGUAUUCUGGCUCAGAUGUCCAGCUCCUCCUCCAACCCCCCCACAAGGCAAUCCUGGGUGCCCAAAGUGCACCUGCGACCUGAAGGAUUCAUCUUCAUGUCUAAGAAGCAGCUGGCUUGUCCUGAUCUUUGUUUUAUCUGUCAUUCUCACCUCCAACUAGUUCAGAACGCAGCAGAUAGGCUUCUUACUGGU